AUGCUCACCCUCCUCUGCGAUAACUUUGGACCGCACCUCAUGAUGAGUAGCGGUCCCCGGUCGACCAUGCGGUCUAUUUUGAAUAACGACGAUAACCCUUCCUUUGCAGUACGCAAAAAUGCCGACUCUUCACCUCAACAGUUCGCUCAUGAAAAUCGCUACCACAAUGCCGAUUAUUCCGAGUCGGGGACUGCCAGGCCGUCUCACCUGACACAGCAGCAACAAACUCCAAUAUGGACGGCCACCCCUACUUCUACCACCAGGGAAUUUCGAGCUCAACCACAGCCAUACCCUAUCGAGUCGUCAAUCAGUCCCCUACCAGCACUUCACUCCCGGCAACCCUCGCUCGGAAGCAAUGACGGAUUGACAACCCCUACCAGCCCGCUGGAGAUGGAGAAGAAAUUCAAGAAAAACAAGUAUGCAUGCCCGUAUGCUAAAUCACAUUCUUGUACCGCCACUUUCACAACGUCCGGCCAUGCCGCUCGCCACGGUAAAAAGCAUACGGGGGAAAAAAGCGUGCACUGUCCAAUUUGUAACAAGGCUUUCACGCGGAAAGACAAUAUGAAGCAGCAUCGUCGAAUCCACAAACCCACCGUCAAAGAACCGUCAUCCCCCGAAUCGAAAGGGCAGAACAACUCAGACCAAGAACAUCGAGAUAACAGUCAGCCGGAGUCCGAUGGCGAAGACACGUCGGCUGGGUCGUCUCCUGCGCAAAGUAAUUGA